AUGGACUGUGGCAAUACCAUCGACCCGUUCUUGUUGGAUGUCCUCAAUCCGCCGAUUGACGGUCCAGAACUCUAUAAUCCGGCCGCUCCUCCGCUCCACACUCCCAACGUCGCGAAGCAUACAGGUGGUCCAGCACCUAUCGAACCGAAUGUGAGCUUGCUAAAUGAUGAGCCUUCUCUACAACUCCAUAGAGACUCGCGGCCCAACCCAGGGACGAUUUCAAAUGAUGAUGCUGGUAAUUUCGACUUUGGCAUGCCGACGGCAUACAGGGCCGAUGCAUCGCAUAAUAUCGGGGAUAGCAGUUUUGAUAGGUCCAUGGGCGGCUCGUCAAGACAGGAUCUGAAUACCAUUAUGGACCCCAGCAUGGAUACGAUGACCGCAGGAUCUGUUAACUGGAGUCUAACAAUGGAGCCCAGUAAAAAAGAUCGUCAGCUUCCACAGCCACCGGCGACCAAGAAACAGCCAAAACCCACUCUGCCACCUAUGCUGCCUGCCCUCGAACUCCCCGACGAGCAUCAAAGCGGGAAGUAUGAACCAGUGGCAAGCUCAAUCCAUGACAACCACGGGUGGAAUAUUCUCAACAUUCACUUCCAACCACAACAACCCGAGCUCAAGGUUAGGAGCGACCUGUCCUUCAACACCGAACACAAUUACUCUGAAGAAUCCACUCAGGAACUAACAGGAAUUAACACGUACACUACGGUCUCAUCGCAGGCUCCUGUGACAGUUCCUGUCGUGAGCAACGAUGUUCAUAGCUCCUUGAACGCCCAGGAGAAUGAUCUGGAAGAACCAUCACUCCCACCAAAGUCAGCCCCGAAACCAAAGAAAAAGUCGGGACCAAGAAAGCCUUGGGACGAAGAUGAGACGUUCGCUUUGAUACGUGGUGUUGGUAAGAAGGGGCUCGGUGACUGGAAAAAUAUUCUCGAGCUUCCCGAAUACAAGCCCAUCUUCGCUCUCAAAUGUAGAAAUACUUCCGACUUGAAGGACCGCUGGCGAACUAUUUGCCCACCCGGCCUACAGACAGAGCCACAGCAGCGGCCAUCUAGUAUCUCUGGUGAUGACUGUUCAAACUCUCUCACGCCCACGGGAAGGCGAAAAAGGACCAACAAAACCAAGCGCAAGUCUGAGCGGAUCACUAAUGAAAGGUUCGCUGAGAUUUCGGGGAUUGAGGUCACCAAUGUUAAGGGUUCAUUUCGUAGACCAAAUGUUCACUUCACAGCCGAAGAGGACACUAAAAUUUUCGCAGCCUGGAAAAUAUACGGCUCAGACUGGUCUAAAGCCAUGAAUGACCCUAGAUUCUCCAAUUUCGGGCACAGAACGCCGACAGACCUUCGGGACCGGUUCCGAAACCGAUUCAAAGACCAUUGGAAACGUCACAAAGAAUGUAAAAAUGCUGAUCUCUCGAAAGAGAAGGCAGGGAUAACCGAUAACCCAUCGAAAGUGCAGCCGACCGACGAAAAGAGUACACGACCUGAACGUCAGGAUGCCAUCCCCAACCAUCUACCCAGCAUGGACGCCUCUUCAUUCUCUCAGACAGGCUCCAGCUUCUACCAGCUACCCAGCGUGGAAGCUCCGGCUUUCUCGCAGGCGGGCGAAUGGGAAGACAGCUCUUUCUGGCUCAUGAAUGGAAAUCCGGGGCAGAUGGGCGAGAAUGUCAUGUCUGGGCCAUACACGAGUAUGGACAUCAACAGCAUCAUCUCCCCCGAGCAGGUUCCUCCUCUGCACCCGGAGCAGGUCCAGUGUCUACAGGAUUUCAACAACAACGCCGCUCCCAUAAAUGAGAACAUGCCAGCCUUCUCCGGACAACUCUCAUUGCGAGAGAUACAGUAA